AUGCUAUUUCAGUUUUUUCUUUUCACAUGUCUUAAGCUUUCAAAUCCCUUAGAACUAUUACUUGUCUACUCAAACUCUUCAGCAAAUAUAAUCUCAAGCCUGGUCACUGAUAUCAAAGCCAAUAUUUUAAGUCUUCCUUCAAUAGAGCUUUCUACAUGCGAAAUUUCUUUACUUGAGGGAGAAAUUGCAGCCCGUCAAAAUUUAUUUGCAGUUUUUGAUAUAAGUAGCAAUUUGACAUCUCAAUUCGAUGUUUCGAAGCUAUGUGAAAAAAAUUUUCUUAUACAUUUUCAGGUUUCUGAGAACUUACUUUAUUUACAUAAAUGAACUUUUUCACUGACAAGCUCAAAAAAAAACAAAUAUGAUGCCUUUAUAACAGUUCUAAAAUAUUUUAAUUGAACUGCUGGUAUAGCUUUAAGCAGUGUCGAGAGCUAUUCUAAUUCACAACUUGCUUUAAAAAAUUACUCAGAAAAUAUUGAGCUAUUUUCUGUAAGCUCAAACACAUUUAUCACCGACUUUAUUCAAAAAGAAUUAAUGAAAUUAGGCUCAUCGCUGUUUUUUGUGCUUACGAACAAAGAAAAUUCCAUCGAAAUUCAAGAAAGUUUAAAAUCUUCUAAAAUGCUUACUAAUGGAACUGGAAUUCUGCUUUUCGGAGAAAGCAGCUAUGGAUCGAACACUAAUGGAGCACUAGCUAUUGUUGAAAAAAAUAAAGAAGCAGUGGACUCUUAUGAAAAAUAUUUAGUUGCUGCUAUUUCAGAAAUGAUUUCUUUUAUAAGCAGCUCUACAAGCCUAGACAAUGCUUUAAUUUUAUUAUCAAAGAAAUGUCCAAAUCAUUACUGCUCAAAUGAAUUUUCCAUUAUAAAUAUUCAAGAAAAUCAGAGCAAGAUUGUUGGAUCAAUUUUUGAUAGAAAAAUAGAGCUAAAUUCUACUAUAUUUUUGUGGAUUUUUUUUAUUUUAAAUUCAGAAUUUUUUUGACUACUGAGGUAGCGUAUAUAUUUUUUAAUUUAGCGAAAAGUAAAUGGCAAAUUUAUAUGGCUAUAAUAUUAUUUUCCCUGGGGACACUUCUGUUAUUCCAGUAUCACAGAAGAAAAUUUUAUAUUUCAGUGCAAAUGAUGGAACGACUAAUCCUGGUACUGACCCUUUUCCAUUGGUAGACCUCUAUAAAAGAGGCUUAACACUGGCGAUAAAUGAUAUAAAUUCAGGUAUUGAUAUAUUAAAGAAUUUUCAAUUAAAUCUCAACCACUUUGACUGCGGGGCAAAUGUUUAUAAUGCUACUUUUUGCUAUAAUUGCCUAUAUCUGAUAAAUAGAUUACAAUUUUUCUAUACUCUAAGUUUUCCUAUUUAAUACGAAAUAUUGAUAGUGAUUUAAUAAUAAAUAUAUUUCAUUUUUAUAGUCAAGUAUAAAUAAAGAUAAAGAUAAACUAGGGUUGGUACAUAUGGUUAACGCUGGGUCUCCUGUAGCUUAUGGAUCAAUUGCUACCUUACUCCUCCCUUAAUUAGUGAGGUUCUGUAUUUUUCUUCAUUAAUGAAAGGAGUGGCAUAGACUUGUUUAAAAACAUAAUACUUUGAAUGAAAUCUUAGUGUAGUAAAUAAGCUGUCUAAAACUUAAUGUAUCUACUAGAAGUGUCAUUAUUAAAUCAUUAUCGCCCAACCCAUAAAUAAUAUUUACUCACUAAUCGUAAUUUAUCAAAUAGAAUGAUUUUUACUGAUUUUGCUCAUUUAAUAUACCGAGAAUUUAGCAAAGUUAAAUAUCACAAUUCCUCUUGUCGGAGCUACAAAUCUCGACCCAGGUCUCUCAAACUCCACGAAAUUUCCAUUUUACACAAGAUUAAUUUUACCGAGCACAAUUAUUCUUUCACAAUUUCCGUUGCUCCUUAAAGUUAUGGGCUGAAAUAAUAUUGGCAUUAUAUAUCAAGACGACUCCACAGGAAUUAAUUCAUAUAACACUAUUUGUAAAGCAGCGGAAAUACAGAAUAUAAAAAUCGUAAAUAAGCUGGUAUCAAUUCCACCAUUAUUAACUAGAGAACAAAUAAAGAAUUACACAUAUGUUUUUCAGGAAAUUAUUGAUACAAAUGUAAGAUUGAUAGUUUUAGUGGUGAAUUCUCCUUUAAUAGACUAUAUUGCUGAAACUUUUUAUGAUUUAGGCAUGAGAAAAGGCGACAUCAUUUUUUUCUCUGCUAAUCUUGUAUGGCUCACUUCAGUCGCAAAUAAUGAUGACUAUGCAUAUAAAAGGCUAGAAGUCGCUGUUCCAUUAAUUAAUAUGUUUCAGUCACUUUUCCUACUCCAAGCUCUGGAUAUAUUUUUUUAUAAAUCUUAUAUAUAAUUUAGAUUUAAUUGAACAAAUAAGAUAGUUUGGGUAUUAAUUUAAUAAAAAUUAAUAUUAUUGAAUAAGCUACAUUUAAAAAUUCACCUUUAGAUUAAGAAAAUUGCAUCUCCCUAUUUUCGUUGAAAAGAGUUAGGAGAAAAAGGUAAAAAAAUUCAUGAUAUUCUGUAUACAUCAUAUGGAAACAUCGAGCCUAACACAUAUGCUUGUCUAUAUUAUGAUGCUGGCUAUUUAAUAGGCUCAGCCUUAGAUUGGACUAUAAACAAAGGCAAUGAUUACACUAAUCCUUACACCCUUCAAGAUGCUAUUAGAGAUGUAAAAUUUAUAGGAUGUAGUGGAAAAGUGUAUAUGCAAAAAGGAAGCAAUGAUGUCCAAUUAUCAAGCUUUAGGAUACAAUCAAAUUUCUAUAAUUCUACAACAAAAAAGUUAAUGAUUUACCAAAAUGGACUACUUACUCCAACAGGCUCAAAAAUUUUGUCGAUUGAGACACCUAUUGUGUAUGCAGAUGGAACUACUAAUAAGCCCACAGAUUUCAGGAUCUUAAGAACUAAUUGCGCAUUCGAUGAUAAACUGAAGCAAACUUUUGAUAAAGGCCGAGCUUUGGCUUUUGGGAUUUGCUUUUUUGACGCAGCUGUUACAAUAAUUAUUAUUAUUUAGACUUUACCGCUGAUCGAUAUCAACAAGUUCAUGCUCAUUUCUUGCAGCAAGAACUCCAGCAAUGUUCCACAAUCACUACUGCAAUUCUUAAAGCCUUACCGAAUUCUACCUUUUUUUUUUUCUUUUGGUGCGAAGCGCCAAAUAAUUAAAUUUAUUACAAUAAUUAUAACAUUUUUUAUUUGGAAAAAUUGGUGAAACACAGAAAUAGAAGAUCUUAAACCGUUUAAAAAUAAAUUGAUAUUUAAAUUUUGUGCCAAAAGGCACAACUUUAGAAAAAUCAGCUUCAUUUUAAAGUACAAAAUUAAAAUGAUUUUAUAUAUAAAAAAGGAAGAAUUUUCUAUUUCUGAUUUUAUGGUUGGGGCUACUAUUCUGGUAGAAUUUUUCCAGUACCUUUCUCAGGGCCCUAAUAUUCGACCUUUAAACAGUGUUCUUGCUAAUAUAGGUGAUGCUGUUUCAUUGGAUUUGAAAAGCUUUAUAAAACUUGAAAAUGGAGUUUUUUGGUGAGUCGCUGGUAUAAUUAUUGCCUUAUGCUUCUUAUGGUGUAUUUUUUGUAUUGUACUUUUUUGGCGAUUAGAUGAAAAAUUUAGUCAUAUUUGGAUUUUUAGGACUCUAGGACUUUUGGCUGACUAUUCUAUGCCAAUUCUAGGGAAUUUGUGCUUUAUUCCAUUUAUAUCAAUACUUUUAGAAAUAUUUGUAUGUGACCAUUCAAUUGGAAACAAAUUCACAGACAGUUAUCUCUCUGCUGACUGCUAUCAAUUUUGCUGGCAAGGGAAUCAUAUAACUUUUGCAGUCCUGUCUGCGUUUUCUCUUAUUUGCUACGAACCUUUUGCAGUAUUUUGCAGGCCCCUUUGGCAAGAAUUUCAGCAUUCGCUGCACGUGAAAUCCCUUCCUCUUUAUUUGAUGGUAAAAACAGUGAUACAAGUGAUUAUAAUAGUUCUUAACAAAACACUUAAGAAGUCCAGCCAUGUUGUCCAUGGGUUUGUAUUUUCAUUUAUUUUAUUAUUAUAUGAAGUAUUUUUGAUGAGAUUUAAAGCUUAUAACUAUGGAAGGUUUAACUGAUGGCACCAACUCAGCAUCAUUGCAGUAACUUGGGUAUCUUUUCUAUCAACAAUUAAUUUCCUUAUUAGUGAGUCUGAUUUUCCGUGGGUUGUACUUAUUUUUUCUGGAUGGGGAAUUAUAAUUUUAAUAGGCUUUGCUGUCCAAAAGAAGAAGUAUCCGAAUUUACUGUACCGAAAAGAAAAAGAUACUUCAACUCUAUUUAAAUUUGCGUUUACUUUUGGCAAAAAGUCUCGAUCUCACCUUUCAAAAAUCAAGCCUCAAGAGUUAGAUUUUAUUAAAUAA